CUUAUUCCAAAUACUACUAACUAGCAUCGCCGCUUGUUCCUUUUCAAGGGUUUUGUGUUCUCCUUUGCUCCCUAUUUGAUUCUCUCUCUCUUGGUGUUUUUGUCUCUGUCUUCACCAAAAUUUCUAUCUUUAUUCACAUUCGGCAAUUGGGUUCGCUUCCAAUUUUUAUUUCGCCUUCGACCACCUUCGGAACCUUUCUUCCCUUCCUUCUUCUGCAAAUUAGGGUUUUAUUUCCAAUUGGGUAAUUUUUAAUUUGGGAAUCUCGUUUAUUCAAUUUGGAUCAAGAAAUCCGCGACAAUGCCUCCGAGAAUAGUGAAGAGAGGUGCUGCGGCAAAGAGGGCAUCGAGGGGAUCCUCAAAGGCUGCACCUGAGAACCAGCCUGAGCCUGAAACUACGGAAGUGGUUGUGAAAAAUAAUCAAGAAAAUCCGGUUGUUGAUGCUGUGGUGGAAGAGAAGCUCGUUGAUGUGGAGCAAGAACACGAGGAAGUACCAAAUGAGUCGGCUAAGGUGGAAAACACUGAAGAGGAGGUUAAGGAGUCUAUAGAUGAAUAUGAAAAAGAUGAACACUUAGAUUUUGAGGAUAAUUACCCUGAGUACGAAGCAGAGGAGUAUGGUGGUGUUGACUAUGACGAGAAGGAAAUUGAACAAGAAGAAGGUCAGGAGGAGGGAGAUGAAGUAGAGGAAGAUCCUGAAGAGAUUGUAGGUGAAGAAGAGGGUGAUACAGGUGAUGAAGAAGUUGAAUAUGUUUAUGAAGAAGUUGAGGAUGAUGAUGAUGAUGAUGAUGAGCAUGCUGUUGAAGAGUUUGAGCAUGAUGAGCAUGCACAGAAGCCUGAUGCGGAGGAAGAGGAACACCGUGAAGUUGUAAAGGAGAGGCGAAAGCGGAAGGAAUUUGAAGUAUUUGUUGGUGGCCUAGAUAAGGAUGCUACUGAGCAUGAUCUGAAAAAGGUUUUUGGUAAAGUUGGGGUAGUUACUGAAGUCCGGCUGAUGAUAAAUCCCCAGACUAAAAGGAACAAGGGAUUUGCAUUCUUGCGCUUUGAAACGGUUGAGCAAGCGAGAAGAGCUGUGGUGGAGCUAAAAAAUCCAGUGAUUAAUGGCAAACAAUGUGGUGUUACUCCAAGUCAGGACAGUGAUACUCUCUACUUAGGUAACAUAUGCAAGACAUGGAAAAAGGAAGCUUUAAAGGAGAAACUGAAACAUUAUGGAGUAGAAAAUGUGGAGGAUUUGACUUUAAUAGAAGAUGGCACUAAUGAGGGGAUGAACCGAGGAUUUGCAUUUUUGGAGUUUUCAUCUCGUUCAGAUGCUAAGGAAGCCUACAGGCGACUGCAGAAGAGAGAUGUUGCAUUUGGAGUUGAUAAGCCUGCGAAGGUUUCCUUUGCUGACUCCUUUAUUGAUCUGGGUGAUGAAAUUAUGGCACAGGUUAAAACUGUAUUUGUUGAUUCGCUGCCUCCUUCAUGGGAUGAAGUUUAUGUCCGAGAUCUUCUCAAGAAAUAUGGAGAGAUUGAAAAAAUUGAGCUUGCUAAGGACAUGCCAGCUGCUCGGAGGAAGAAUUAUGGAUUUGUUACAUUUAGUACACAUGCUGCUGCUGUGGAAUGUGCUGAUAGCAUUACUAGUGCAGGGUUAGGUGAAGGUGACAAAAAGGCAAAAGUUAGGGCUAGAUUGUCACGGCCUCUUUCAAAACCUCUUCAGAGAGGCCGUGGAAAACAUGUUAAUCAUGGGGACUUUCGUUCUGGCCGCAAUUCUGGAAGAUUGGUAAGAUCUUCACGGAGUCGACCUGCACCACGUAGUCUUCCUGCCCGUGUGGUGAGAGGAGUUGGAAGUCGUGUUCCGCCUGUUAGACCUAUUAGUGUGAGAAGUAGACGUCCUGUCACAUCCAUGCUAGAAAGAUCCAGGCCAGUGGCUCCUCCAGCUAGAAGCUAUGACAGGAGAUUGGCUGCUCCUGCAUAUCCAAAAAGUGGCAUGAAAAGAGAUUAUAGACGACGUGUGAAUCUACCACCUCCGAGAAAUAGAGUUGCUGCAGAUUAUGGCUCUAGGUUAGCCUCUCAGAGGCACACAUCUCAUAGGGAUUAUCCUGCCCGCGGCUCUAACUACCCUGAGCUGCAUAGAAGUACAUCUCGUGGUUCUGCACCAAAGAGAGGUUAUGUUGAUGAUGGCCAUGGCCAAAGAUUUGAGAGGGCUCCUCCUCCUCCUCCUCCUCCCCCCCAUCUAAGUUACCGUGAAGGACGGCCACGCGAUUAUGACACUCUAUCUGGCUCAAAACGUCCUUAUACUGAUAUAGAUGAUGUUCCUCCUCGGUAUGAUACCAGUGCUCGCCAAUCAAGAUCUCGUUUAAAUUAUGACUAUGGAGGUAGUGCUUCACAGUAUGGAGAUGCUUAUGGUGACAGACUUGGAAGAUCUAGUCUUGGAUAUAGUGGCAGCAGAAAUUCUAUUUCUAGUCAAGACUUACAUGGUACAUAUGGCAGUCGACAAGGCAUGAGUUAUGGCGGAGGUUCUUUUGGUGGUAGUGAUGGUGGUAUGUACUCAUCAAGUUAUGGUGGCGAUUAUGUAUCCCGUGGAAGUGAUGUUGGUGGCCGUUCAUAUUCAUCUAUGUAUUCUGGUAGAGGGGUGGGUGAUAGCAGCAAUUAUAUGGGUGGUGGUGGAUCUGGGUCAUAUUAUUGAGGGAUGACUGGCUGAAGAUUGAUCCCCUGGUCACUAGUGAAUUUAUCUAUGAACAGAUCUAAAUACAAUAAAGAGGCUGCUGUAGGAUGUGGAAUUUGAAGCUUAUGCUCAUUAUGAUGCCUACCAUGUGGAGCUGAACAUUGCUAAUUAAUUGCCUGGUUUGGGUAUUUAUCAAAGAUCAAGGGUUAUGCCAAUUCAAGUCUUCUAUCAGAUGGACGAAUUUUGAGUUCUUCAAUUUGUGCUGUAAGUACUGAAGCUGAUUAGAAAUGGAAAGAGAAGUGCUGAGCAUGUGAUGUAUAAAUAAACUUCGUAUUAUUAAGCUCCCUUGUGGGUGGGUAAUUUGAAAGAUCACUCCAUAUCCUGUUCAUUUGGAAAGAACCAAGGCCACAGAUUACUUUUUGAUUACGGAUUAUUGGAUUUUUUUCUCCUGUCAUAAAGUUGGUUUUUUUCCUAACAAAAGUAUAUUGUUACUCUUUGGAUUCAUUAUAUUUUUGCCGGUGCUAAGAUCACGAACAAGAGUACCCAGCACUUUGUGGAGCUACCAUUGGUAGUAGUAAUAUGAUCACUACUUCGGCAAUAAAUAAAGGAAAGAUUAUGAUAUAGUAACAUAUCCUAGAAAGCAUCAUGCACUGAUUAUGUGUUGCUGGAGUUUGUCUAACAUGGUAUUUUGUACUAAGGGGCAGUACAAGAUGCAUAUGGAGCAUUGCAUAUUUUUCCUUAAGAUUGUUUACUUGCCCCCCUUGGAAUUUUUCUUUGUGAUGCAAUUAUUUUUGCGCACUUCAUUACUAUGCAAUCCAAUUGUGUAUAUCGGAAGACAUUUGCACGAUGCUAUAUCAUUGGAAAACGCAACUUUACGAGAUUAUAAAGUAGCUGGAAUGGAUUCAAUAUCAUCUGUUACCUACAGAUUUAGAAUAUCGAGAAUAUAUGGGAAUUGGCACUUUAUGCACCAGGUUAUAUAUCCUGCUUGGUUUAGAAGAACUCAUGCCCCAAUGGCAAACAUGAACUAACCAAAAUAUCACUAGAAUGUCUAUGCAUUCAUGAACUAGGUCUUCUCAUUUUUUUAAUCCCCAGUUGGGUAGUUAGUUUCCAACUCACCAUUUUAUCAGCCUUAAGUUGCAAAUGCUUAUAAAGUAUUGAUGCUCGGAGUCUUCAAAAGUGCUGGAAGCUGAUGUUGGCAAAAUGAGAAUAUUAGAUAAUGACUAUUUAGGAUUUUUCUAACAUGUUAUCUGCUUUUCAAAAGUGGUUCUGAUCAGUACUAGAGGGUUGUUACUUUGAUAAUGUUGUGUUAUAGUUCAUGCAUAUCUGAAUUCUCUACAUGCUUUAUGUUCUUUUAAGAUCCUUGUGUAGCUUGUGAAUAAUUGGUGUCAAUCAGGGUUUGCAUUGUUCUUAGCUUUUGGUGAAAGGCUUUCAUUUUCUUACCCUUUCACUGUAUGAGGGAUCUUUACGGACUUGUUGAAGUUUAGUUUCCAGUGUGUUCCUUUUGUGCACUGGAGGGUGCUGCCCCUUAUCAUGUUUGGUUAAAUUGGUUUCUGCAUAGCUCUAAAUUUUUCUAGUGGCAUUGAAUUUGACAUCAUGAUUUAGUUUUACAAUUUUUGUAAAUUGUUCCAUUCAUGACAUUGUAGUUCUGGCAAAAGCACCAUAUGAUGCUAAGUUUCGAAUUUUGUAUU